AUGGCACGGGCUUUAUGUCGUAAGGCUCUGGAUCACCACGAACAUGCUCAACAUGACCUUGAGGCCGUGCUUAAACGAGACCCGAAGAACAGACUAGCUCUUGAUGAGUACAAGGCGCUUACUGGCAAUACUUUCCAUAUUCAGAUAGAACAAUCUCUUGAACAAAACUCCUCGACUCCAGAUUUUGAUUUUAGACGUAUUCCCAUCGUCGAGGUUGGCGCAGACUGCAUUUCGUCCAUACCCAAAAUAUCCAAUGAUCUGGGAAAAGCGAGUGAAGACGACCGUCUUGUUCCUCCUGGUGACUCCUUGCCAAAUCAGCAUAGGCCGAAAUCUACAUCUAAGUCUGGAGAAACAACUCACAAGACGAUAUCAUCGUCUAGUAGCCAUUCACUUCCAACCACUGAGGGCUCCUCACUUGCCUCUCAUUCGGAGAUAUAUUCAAAUCCCAGGUUACUUGAAUGCGAAUCACAUACCAUUCCAAACAACUGGUUUCAAAUGGAGCGAGAUCUUCGCGAUUUGAUCACGGGGCAUUCCACACCUGGCAAGUGUCUUCCCCAAUCAGCUGUUACUUACAUCUGCCGGAUUCCAGCUACAAGCUACUCUCAUUUGAUCGGUCAAAACCUGGACGGUGACUUUCUUUCUCGCCUGUUACAGGCAUUCUAUCAAAUCAGUGUGGGCUCAUGCCAUCGGCCAAAACUAUCAGAAUCGACACAGCAAACAAUCAUUGAAAAAGCCUCAACACUUCUUUCGCCUUCUGAACUGGCUGAACGUCUUAUCGCUUUGACUGAGCUUCCGCGAUUCGAUGUUGCAGCCAUGCUUUUGGACGACCAGCCAAUUCAGCAGGCUCAACAGAUUAUCAAAUGGAUUAUUUCAACAAUUACCCUAAAAUCUGACUUGACAUCUCGGCUUGAGACAGUUUGGUCUCCUAUAUGCUCAGUCUGA